CAGAAAUGAGGGUCUACUUGUAUCAGAUGCGCCCGGUGCUCUUCCUGUUCUACACGGUGGAGACGACGGCCAACUUGUUCGUUUUGUACUACCAACUGAAAGCAUUUGUUUUCGUCAAUCUGACCACAAUGAUUUGGAACGAUGUUCUGAUCCACAGCUUUUAUAUGACCUUCUUUUACAUAUUCACGGUGAUAACGCUCUUUGCCAGCAUAAAUCUCUGCACCGGCCAGCGCACAUCGAUCGUUGAGGAAGUGGUUCGUCCUCUGAUCGGAUUCGUUCUAUAUACGGUAAUCUCGUUGAUGGCACUGGGCGAUGCGGAGACGGAUUUCUAUAUAAUGUACGAUGGGAGGAACCCGGAUGAUUUACUGUAUCCGGAGAAGCCGCUUCAUCCGUUCUUCGGUAGCCUGCGGGACCAGGCGACAGCCUCUCUGGUGUCCAGUGUUAUCUAUCUGCUGCACUGCCUCAUUGCGUUGGAUGUCCUGCUGUCGAAUGACGAUUCCGAUGACGAACGUGAUGCAUCCGAUUCCUCCGACGAUAUAAACGACGAGGUCGACUACGUUCCGGUGCGUCUCUACGUCUUUGGCGGAGUGAUGCAACGCUGGCUCGAGCAGUACGACUGGUUCCAGGACUUUACCCGCAGUGGAGUCACAGAUAUCUAAUAUCUCCUUUUAUACAACUACAAUUACAUGA